UGCUUCCUGUGACCUUCAUUUUACCGGCGUAAGGAGGACAACGUGGUUUAGUACGCGAUUGUCUUUUCUUUGCCAAAACACACUUUUAAACACUCGUUAUCGCAUAAUUGUAAUGAGUAAAGACCUCUUGGACUACCCUUUCUGCCAUGAUGUCAACAAAUACGAAAGGAUGGUUAAAAUUGGCCAAGGAACCUUCGGCGAGGUGUUCAAGGCACGCAACCGAAAGAAUCUUAAAGAAAUCGUUGCCCUCAAGAAGGUCCUCAUGGACAACGAGAAAGAAGGGUUCCCGAUCACCGCCCUUAGAGAGAUUAAGAUCCUUCAGUUGUUGAAACACGAGAAUGUGGUGAACCUCUUGGAGAUUUGUCGAACUAAAGCAUCUCCUUAUAAUCGCAAUAAAGGAAGUAUCUACCUUGUGUUUGAGUUCUGUGAACAUGACCUUGCUGGCCUUCUUAGCAACCACCAGAUCAAGUUCUCAUUGUCGGAGAUGAAAAAAAUGGUGCAAAUGUUGCUGAAUGCACUCUACUUCAUUCACAGCAAUAAAAUACUCCACAGAGAUAUGAAAGCUGCAAAUGUUCUCAUUACUAAGAAUGGUGUUCUGAAACUGGCUGACUUUGGUCUAGCUCGUGCUAUUCAUCUUAACAAAGAGCAAUCUCAGCGUUACACCAACCGGGUAGUGACCCUUUGGUACAGGCCACCAGAGCUUUUGCUAGGGGAAAGAAAUUAUGGCCCUCCCAUAGAUCUGUGGGGGGCAGGCUGCAUUAUGGCAGAGCUGUGGACACGAACUCCCAUCAUGCAAGGAAACACUGAACAACACCAGUUGACUCUGAUAAGUCAUCUAUGUGGCUCCAUUGCACCUGAUGUGUGGCCAGGGGUGGAAAAACUGGAUCUGUUUACCAAGUUGACCCUCCCGCCAAAUCAGAAAAGGCGUGUAAAGGAAAGACUACGCAGCUAUGUUAAAGAUCCCCUUGCUCUAGACCUGAUUGACAAGAUGUUGACUGUUGAUCCAGGGCAAAGAAUUGAUGCAGAUACAGCACUGAAUCAUGAUUUUUUUUGGAGCGAUCCCAUGCCGACUGACCUCACACGUACAUUGAGUUCUGUAAAUACGUCUAUGUUUGAAUUUCUGGCACCACCACAUCGUGGGAGAGGUCAGGUACAGCCACAAGCUGCUGGGCAGGCUCGUGUGGGUCCAGCAAAUCAGGCUAAUGUUCAGAGUGGCACAUUUGACAGGGUAUUUUAAGUUUAAAUUAACAUUCACUUGACAUUUUUUUGCAUGCAGAGAAGUAUAUACUGUAUUUAUACUUGAAUUUAUAGCAAAAAAAUAGACUGAAAAGUUCAAAAAAGAAAAAAAAAAAGAAAAAAUUGUAAAAAGCUAAAAAACAAAACAAACAAAAUACAAAACGAACUUACUCCUAAAAAACUUUAAAAAGAAGCAAAAAGAACAAAAAUAUGAAGGUCAUAUGCUUUAAUUUUAAGGCUUUGUUUCUUAAAUCUACCGCAUUGAUUAUCAAUGCUAAAAUACCUUGCCUUGGUUUUGGGAAGGCUUGGUACAGUUUUGUAGUUCUGUUGAAAGUCAAUUUGAAGAGGAUAGCUUGGACUGUUAAUUAAUUAACCUGUGGUCAUAAUCAGCUACAGGUCAGAAUGCUAUUGGAAAAUUGUCAUAAUUUUGGGUAUAUGUACACUGUACAGAAUAGAGUAAAAUAGUUGUUCAGGCAGAAGUCAUGAAAAGUUUUGCCAGACUUCUCAUGCAAGGCUGUAUCAUUAGCCAAAUGCAUAUCUGUUAAUUUUAGUGUUAACAGAAAGCACUCGUCUGGUUCUUAUCCCGACACUAAUAAUUUCGGUUGUGGUGAGGGAGUUUUAUAGGUAAGCUAACAGCACUAUUUUUGAAGGCGUCAUUCAGUUUUCGUGAAUUUUAUUUUUCAAGUAUUGCUUUGAGAAUCAGGCAUUGCUGCUAUAAAGUGUUUUUUGUAAUGGCAGUAUUUCUCUCAGAAUGGCAUGUGCCAAAACAUGAUCAAUUAAAGUGGAUAAUUUAAUCAAGCCAGUGUAGUGAUAUGCGGUGAAAAUAUCAUGUUUCAUUAGUUUGAAUAUGGACAGUUACCAUUUUAUAUAAAUUGAUAUCUUAAAGAUGUAUGUCGCUGCCAAAAAAAAAAAACGAAAAAAAACCCAGAAAACAUUGUCCAGGUAGAUGGAUAAGUGCCACUGAUAGAAUAAGAUGUGGUUGUACUAGUAACAUAAAAAAACUGUAGUAAUAAAUAAACAAGGCAUAACAGUUGUAA